AUGUCGUCCGCCCUCCUCCGCACCACUCCCGCCCUCCGCGCCGGCCUCCGGGCCCGCGCCGCUCCCCUCGCCUCCAUGGCCUUUGUCCGCACCAAGGCCACUCUCCCCGACCUCUCCUACGACUAUGGCGCCCUCGAGCCCUACAUCUCGGGCCAGAUCAUGGAGCUCCACCACUCCAAGCACCACCAGACCUAUGUCAACGGCUUCAACGCCGCCACAGAGGCCCUCGCCGAGGCCCAGGCCAAGGGCGACGCAAAGGCCGCAGCCGCCCAGGCUCCCCUCAUCAACUUCCACGGCGGCGGCCACGUCAACCACACCCUCUUCUGGGAGAACCUCGCCCCUAACGGCAAGGGCGGCGGUGGUGAGCCCGAGGGCAAGCUCCUGACCGCCAUCAACGAGGAUUUCGGAUCCUUCGACACCCUCAAGAAGCAGACAAACGCCGCCCUCGCCGGCAUCCAGGGCUCCGGCUGGGCCUGGCUCGUCAAGGACAAGACCUCGGGCACCCUCUCCGUCGUCACCCGCCCCAACCAGGACCCCGUCACUGGCAACCUCGAGCCCCUCCUCGGUAUCGAUGCCUGGGAGCACGCCUACUACCUCCAGUACCAGAACCGCAAGGCCGAGUACUUCAGCGCCAUCUGGGACGUCAUCAACUGGGAGACUGUUGCCAAGCGAUUCGGCAACUAA